UUCUCUUGCAUCACUUUUAAUUUUUGUUAAUGAAAGGAUAAAAUAGUCUUAUUAGGGUUAGAUUAAGUAAAAUUUAUUGGUUUCUACUAGGCAUUAGAAACCCCUUUGAAUUUGAAAAGAGGAUAAAAAUUGCCGAGUAAUCGUCACCCUACCGGCGCCUUCAUCCGCCCGUCAUUCCCCAUUCCCGAGGUACCUAGUUCUGUGACUAGGGUUUUAGCAUCUAAAUCACACAGUUCAGACCAUGCCACCAUGUUGGAGCAACAUCGUACAGCAAAAGCCGCCGCCGCCGCAGCAAAACGGCCUGUGUGCGCAGCGGCCUCCUAAUCGGGAGUUGGUGGGUGAUUGCAGUUCCACAAAGGGACUAGCUGUGGCGGUUGUGGAUGCUAACGCCAUCAUUCAGGGAGGUCAAAACCUAACGCAUUAUGCCGACCGCUUCGUGUCUGUGCCGGAGGUCUUGUGUGAAAUUAGGGAUCCUACCUCUCGUCACUCUCUCAACUUCCUUCCUUUCACUGUAGACACAAUGGAACCAUCACCUGAUUCACUGAAGAAAGUUAUUAGCUUUGCAAGGGCAACUGGAGACAUGCAGACACUAUCAGAUGUGGAUCUGAAGCUUCUUGCUUUGACAUACACAUUGGAGGUUCAAAAUCAUGGAACUACACACCUUAGGGAUUGCCCACCUCCAAUCCACACAGUCAAGGUGAGAAAACUGCCCGAGAAGGACCUGCCUGGGUGGGGUUCCAAUGUUUCCAAUCAGGAAGAAUGGGAAGCACUUGAAAAUGCAGUUGAGUCAAAUGCUACCUCCAGAAUUCUUCCCUUAAAAUUUUUUCCCCUUAAUGCUACUGCACCCACUGAUCAACAAAGUUCCGAUGGUUCAUCAACAGUCAUAAAUGAUGAUAUGUCUGAAUCUAAGAAGCCUACAAGAUACGUGGCUGAAAUGAAGGAGAUAAUGAUUAAAGGUAAGAAGAUGGUGGCCGAUGGGAUUGAUGCUUCACAGGGACAAUUUGAUGAUGAUAAUGCUAGUGAUUGGCUACCUGCAGUUAGUCGCAGCACUCACAGGAAGUAUCUACGUCGAAAGGCUAGAAGAGAUCACCAUCACAUACCAUCUGAAAGUGAAGCUGUUGCUGGAUCCUCCACUGAGAUUAAUAAAGAGGAUGUUACAAAAGAUAUUUCUACCAUUUUAAAUGAAAUGAGACUGAACGAGGAUAAGUCUUUUGAGUGUGAUGAAACCAAGAGUUCUGAUGCGGGCAAUAGUAACUUAAAGAAGGAUGUUGUGGAUUUAGCAGAUGAAGAUGCUGAUGAUGACCUUGAUAAGGGAGUGGAGAUUGUAGAAAUAGCUAGUCAGAGCUGUGAAAGCAUUGAAGCUUCACACAUUGAUGAUCGCAGCAGUGAACAGAGUUGGUCACUCAGAUCCUUAUCCGAGUCAAUGGUUGCUUGUAUAACUAGUGAUUUUGCAAUGCAAAAUGUGAUACUUCAGAUGGGUUUGCGGCUUAUAGCACCUGGUGGGAUGCAGAUUCGUGAGUUACACAGGUGGGUACUAAAAUGUCAUGCUUGCUAUAAGUUGACCACAGAAAUUGGUAGGAUCUUCUGCCCCAGUUGUGGAAAUGGGGGCACACUACGCAAAGUGGCUGUUACAGUGGGAGAAAAUGGUAUAGUUAUUGCAGCAAGAAGACCACGUGUAUCUUUGCGUGGAACAAAAUUUUCACUACCCCUGCCCCAAGGAGGUAGAGACGGCAUUUCCAAGAACCCCGUUUUACGUGAGGACCAGCUUCCACAGAAGAUUCUGUACCCCAAAACAAAGAAGAAAAGCAAGCAGGGAGAUAAUAUAUUUACUACUCAAGACAACAUAUUUGUCCACCAUACGGACAAAAAGGCUCCCUUGCAGCCUCCUAUGAGGAAAACACUUGCUGUUUUCAGUGGAAGGAGAAAUCCCAAUGAUAACCAUUAUUCUCGUGCUAUUCAUUAAAAUCGAAGCCAUGGAUCAAGCAUAAUUCUUGGUGUGUCAUGACCAAUUUUGGAGAUCACGUAGCACCAAAAUGCUGCUGUUCCAUGACGGGUUGUCCUAAGUUUAGUAUGCAUAAAAACUGCAGUGUUUUGAGUUUUUGGCUGUGGGAACAUACUGUCGCAAACAUCCCUUUUUUAUCCUUCCACCAUUUCAGAAUGUCACUCUUUUUUCUUCAUAUUCACAUGAAAACGUUAGAUGCAAAGAAAGCUCAUUAAUCCAUCUUUUGAAAUGGUAGGAGUAAAU